GUUCUGUUUAGAGUCAGUUCUGUUCAGAGUCAGUUCUGUUCAGAGUCAGUUCUGUUCAGAGUCAGUUCUGUUCAGAGUCAGUUCUGUUUAGAGUCAGUUCUGUUCAGAGUCAGUUCUGUUUAGAGUCAGUUCUGUUCAGAGUCAGUUCUGUUCAGAGUCAGUUCUGUUCAGGGUCAGUUCUGUUUAGGAGCAGUAUACUGGCAUGUCGUCCUUCUCGGAGUCUGCCCUGGAAAAGAAGCUGACUGAGCUGAGCAGCUCGCAGCAGAGUGUCCAGACUCUGUCCCUGUGGAUCAUCCACCACCGCAAACACUCAGCCCUCAUCGUCAAAGUGUGGCACAGAGAGCUGAAGAAAUCCAAAACCAGCAGGAAGCUGACGUUUCUGUAUCUGGCAAACGAUGUCAUCCAGAACAGCAAGAAGAAAGGACCCGAGUUUGCAAAAGACUUUGAGACUGUUCUCGUUGAUGCCUGCUCCCAUGUUGCCAGGGAGGCUGAAGAGAGCUGUAAAAAGCCAAUGGAAAGACUGCUGAACAUCUGGAAGGAGAGGAGCCUCUAUAGAGCAGACUUCAUUCAGCAGCUCAAACUGGCCAUAGAAGACUCCAACAGUCCCAGGCCUUCAGAAGAGAAGAAGCCUGUGAAACGAAGCUAUCAGAAGGUUCAGGAAGAGGAAGAUGAUGAAGAUGAUGACUACAGAAGCCACAGCUCUCCUCACACCACAGACAUCUCGGCAACGCAGCUGACGGAGGAGCUUGUGAAGGCCCUGCAGGACUUGGAGAACGCUGCAUCAGGAGAUGCAGCAGUUCGUCAGAAGAUUGCCUCCCUGCCACAGGAAGUCCAAGACGUUUCCUUGCUCGAGAAAAUCACUGACAAGGAUGCAGCAGACAAGCUGUCGAAGACUGUGGAUGAAGCCUGUUUGCUGUUGGCCGAAUACAAUGGUCGACUGGCCGCAGAGCUGGAGGACCGUAGGCAGCUGGCUCGCAUGCUCACUGAAUACAUCGGCAGCCAGCGGGAGGCACUGUCGGAGAGAGAGAAGAAACUAGAGGCAAGGCACUGCACACACAAAAAUAACAAACGAUAAACAGUGAACCAGAUACUUCUCAUCUCAGUCUGAACCUGUUUCCGCUCUCAUGAACAACAUGUGUUAAGUCACUUUUUCUGAUACCAUUAUUUGCGGAAAUAAUUAGAUAAGAUAAAUAUGUUUUCAAAAUGUAAGUGAAAUUUCAAAAACAUAAAGCAUAUCAUAGAUUAUUAAGUGGUUGAUGAAAUCAAAAUAAACAAUGCCUUAUUAGAAGAAUGAUCAGUGAAGUAACAGAUUAAGCUAGGUACAAUGUUAUUGACAUUAAAUACAGUAGUGUUGUCUGUUCAGACUCACACCCAGGCGAGCUCCAGGUAUGACUAUGCUGAUACUAUUUACUCGACAUAUUACAACAGAUAUCAUGAAUGUAAGAUUUAAUAUGAUAGUCACAAGUCAGAACAUCGAGUGAUUAUAAUACUAGACAUUGUAAACAACCAUCACAAGUCUUGUCUUGCAUCAAAAAGGCAAAAUACUCCUGAACUUCAUGUAUGUUGGUUCAUUUUCAAGAACCUUUUUAUCAACUGGCACAAAUCAAAAGGUGUAUCAAUUACUGUGAUUGACCUGACCUUAAUCAAGUUAGGUAGGGAAAUGUGUGAAUAGGGAAAAGGUCCAGAUACAUGUGACGAGGAAAAAUGAUGCAUACUCCCACAUCUAUCACAGGUUUCUGGAUCACCUUUUACCAACUCUGCGUUUUGUAGUUUGAUCAGUUUUCUUUUAAAACAGGAUAUGAUUGGUGCACUCCCAGUUGUUAGAUCUUGAUUUAUUACAACUUAUCUGAACAUCUGAGGUCUUGUGUGUCCUGCCUAUAUAUGUUUUAAGCUGUAAGAACUUACUUUGAUUGGUGUGAUAAGAUCAAAUAGAUUUAGGCAAAACAACACAAAUAAAUAACUCAUGGCGGCGGCAGUAGCUCAGUCCGUAGGGACUUGGGUUGGGAACCAGAGGGUCCCAAACCAAAAGAAGGAAGUUGAUCAGGUAGCUGGACAGGUGCCAGGGCACUUCCCAAAGCACUGCCGAGGUGCCAUUGAGCCAGACACAAAACCCCCAACUGCUCUAUUGUGUCCUUACGUAGCAGUGUGUAGAAGCCCCACUCUGACAUCACUCCACUAAUGCUGUCCACAGGUCCUAUUUGUGCAUGUGUGUGUGAUUUGGGCCUGUGUGUGAGAAGCAUGUCACUUGACCAGAAUUGACCUCAGGGAUUAAUAAAGUAUUUAAAAAAAAAAAAAUCUAAUUGUGAUGCAAUCAAAUAUUUUAUUUUCCAUAUGCAUCUCAAACAUGUCAGUAAGGUGAAGUCAAAGACAUUGAAGGACAACUGUAAUGUAUAAAUAAGUAAUCUUUCAUAUUGGUUCUGUGUCAUCUUUUUCUCUGCAGGAGUAUAAGCAGAAAUUGGCAAGGGUUACCAUGGUGAGGAAAGAGCUGAAGUCCCACAUCCAGAGCCUCCCUGACCUGUCCCUCCUGCCCAACGUGACCGGGGGUCUUGCACCACUCCCCUCUGCUGGAGACUUGUUCUCCACCGACUGAGACGUCUAUGACAAGGCAAAGUACCCCCCUGUGCUCCCCCCACCACGCACCAAAAUCAGCAACAUGUUUGAUUCUCGAAAAUACUGUUAGCUGUGUUUCCAGCCAGAGGACACAUGUGGUCAAACCUGCAGGACAAGAGGGAAGAAGUGACAUUCAAAGAAACGUGUGGCGAAUCAAAACACUCUGCAGAGGAGAACAGAGACUCUGUCAGCUUGGAUUUUUCCAGCAAUUGCUCAAUUGACAAGGAUUCCACUCCACCAGCUGGGAAAGAUUUAGUUUCCUGUUUGCUUUCAUUUUUAAAUCCUGAAAAUGUCAAUGUUCAUGGAUGAUCAGUGGGGUUAAAGAAACCUAACUAUGACAGAGGUAAAUGUUGGUUUUCAGAACACGUCAAUCACUGUGUAUUUCUGUGUGGUAUGUUUGGAUUUAACAAGCAAAGAUGGCUUUCAAUUAGGCUUUUUUAUGGACUCAGUCUGAAAAGUGGCUUGGAUGUGAGUGUAAUGUGCCAGUACAUUUCACUAACACUUCAUAAAAAAGGUCAUUAAAGAGGUUUUGUUGAACAUUAGCACCCCUUAGUUUAAAGUCCAUAGGCCUUGGUUUUCUUGUUCUUGCGGACUAACUUGUUUCAUGUUUUUAUUUAGACAAAUUUCCUUUAAAAAAAACAUGUGGCUAAUUAUUCUUACAUGUGUGUACCAGACAAGGUUUGAGUUUUCCAAAGUAAAUCCUGGAAGUUUUAGGACAUUAAAAAAAAAAAAGUUUAUUUUCCAAUAAACUGCCUGGUCUUGAAGCAACUACAAGGAGCUUUCAUUUUGUGUGGAUUGUUGUGGACAAUUACAAUAUGCCAUAAGAAGAUCUAGAUCCAGCUUAUGGUCCAUUUAUUUGGCAAAAAAAAGGAAGAUGUAACUUUUUCAAAUUUUUUAAACACGCACAACCCAUAGCAAUGAGGCAAUACAGCCAUUUGCCGCUACUAUUAUUCAACAACAGUUCACCUUGUUGUAGUUAGGUCCAUACACCUAGGUUAACUUACAAGUAACUGAUUGUGUUGCUCAGUAGUUGUAAUUUUUAAAUGCAAUUUAAAAUGUUAGGACCCUUGUAAUGUUAGGUCUCUAAAAAUACUAGCAAGCCAACAACAAGAUAUAGCUAAGAAGCUAGGCCAUCAUGAAUCGUAUUGGUCACUUUUAUACCCAUGAAAUGUCAAGUGUGACCUUUAUGUAUUGUGCACAUGUGUGUCAAGGAGAACGAGGGCCAAGAUUGAAUCCUUCAAAAUCCCAGAAUUCUCUCCAUCAGUUGAGCGGCAGUCGUAGGUUGCUUCAAGGUUUGGCCCCCGCUCUGUCAUUGUCCCUUUUAACUUUUUUUUUUUCUUUUUUUCUUAGCUGAUCCUGCCCUAGUAUUGGGUAUAAAAAUAAAAAAACAAAGUUAAAAAACAAAAA